AUGGGAAAUAAUUGUUGUGAAUGUUGUAUAAAGAAGAAUUAAAAAGAUAAUAAUUAUGAUGCAAAUGAGAAGGAAAUUGAAUAAACAGUGGAUUAUAAAAUAUAAAAAGGACCAACUCAUAUAAAUGUUUUAUAUAAAAAUUUACAAACAAGUAAUUGCAUUGUAUAUGUUUCUUGUUGUGAUGAAAAAGGUAGAAACUCAUAAAAUUCAUUACUAUAAAAAGUAUAUAAAUGAAUAAAUAUAAGAAUGAAUAAGUUGCUGAAUAAUUGUUGAAAAAAAACAAUCAAAUAGGAUAACUUAGUGAAAUUACAAUAGGGAAAGUCUUUUUUUUCUUUUUUGUUUUGCCAUUAUAUUUAGGGGAAGAAUAAUAAAUUCUCCUUUUAAAACAAUAAAUAAAAUAAUUUGCAUAAAUUAUUAUAGAUAGAAAUUUGACUGAAAUUGCAAUUGAAGAUAUUGGAGUUUAAAGAUUUGGAUAUCCAAGAUAAGUAAGUUUAAUUUAUUUAUAAUAAUAAGCUUGUAGCUAAAUUGAUUAUUGAAACAUUUGCUAAUUAAUUACAUAAGAUGGUAAGUUUAAAUAGGAUUGAUUUUAUGAUAAAUGAUUUAAAAUCAAAAUUUUUGUUUGAAGAAGAAAUUCAAGCAAGAAGGGAAAUUUUAUUAAAAGGAGAUUCCUUAUUGAAAAUUGAUUAAACAGAUGAGAAAUCUCUAAAAUAGCCUUUGAUGAUCUGA